AUGACGUAUCACUUAAAACAAAGGGGAGUAAAAGCAGUCUAUUAUCAUGGACAGUUGGACUUGUUCGAACGGAAUAAUAAUGCUACCACAUGGCUAGAAGGUCGGUCAGAUGUAAUGUGUGCGACAAAUGCAUUCGGCAUGGGAAUCGAUAACAGAGAUGUUCGCUUUGUUAUUCAUCAUUCAAUGCCCAAGUCAAAUGAGGAGUAUUUUCAAGAAGCUGGGAGAGCUGGAAGGGAUGGGUGUUCAUCAUCUUGCAUCUUGCUAUUCAGGUUCCAGGACAGAGGAAAGCUCCUUAAGCACAUCAGUGAAAUUGAAGAUGAUGCUCACAAAUUAAAUUAA